CUUGUGCAAUGUUGCGUCGUGUCUCCGUCCGCCAUUUCAAGCCGUGGUCCUAAAGGAACCGCUUGUUUAGGACCCGCUUGUGUGGUUGCCAGGUGACGACCGCUGACAUGCCUUGAGGCAGGGGCCAAACUACCUUUAUGUUCGCUGCUUGGAGACUAGGGCUAGAGACGCAGCAGGUGCCCUACACACGACUAUAUAGGAGAUAAGUGGGAACAGGUGUCUUCUACACCUCCUCCUCCUCUCCUCAACAUCUCUCAAUCCGCACAUACGGUCAGGCGUCAAGUUUCAGAGACUACUGAAAACCACAAGAAUAGAUCACAAUGCCAGCCGAGCCCAAGACACCGACCAAAACUCCUCGAACGCAACCCUACCCUACACCAGAUUCGCGCUCGAAAUCGUCAAUCCCUUGGGGAGGCGUGAAGGUCGAUCGAGCCACACCGACUCGAGUCAUCGUCAUCGAGAGCGAAGACGAAGGCGAUGGCGAACAAAGUAAUGGUCUGGCCGAGAACGACAAUGACGAGGGUACCGAAACGUGGUCACCCCCUCAGACUCCUUCGUCGUCCCCUGAAUCAAGCGGAGGCUCAGUCUUUGAAAUCGAUUCAGAAGAAGAAGUAAAGCCCAGCAUGGAACCUGAAUCAGAGGAUGAUGUCAAGCCCAAAAUCAAGAAUCCCAGGGCGGGAGCCAAGCGAGGUGCAGCAAAUCAAGCAAAGGUCAAGAAGGAGCCGAGUGGUCGACCGAGGGGUAGCGGUGGCCCUGGAGGAGGCUCAAAGGGCACGCCUUGGACUGCCGAGCAGGAUUGGGCCUUGUUUCAAAUGAGGUAUCCGAAGGCUCCUGUCAAGUGGUCGGAUGUGGCACAAGCGGUCGGACGCGAUGCAAAGUCGUGCUCCAAUCGCGAUGCUUUGUUUGCCAAGAAGCUUCCCGGAUUGAUAAAGGGCCUGGGCAACUGA